AUGUCGGAUAGCAGCAGCAGCAUUCACAGCCAAGUCUCCCAGGUGCUCUUCCACGGCAUCAUCGUCCUCACCAAGUUUGUCACCCUCAACGAGGAGCUGCACGCGCUGGGCAGGCAGCCGCUGCAGCAAGACUGCGAUAACCGCCGCUGGGAGAUGCUUGCUUCCGAGGCCAAACGCCACAUGGACAGUCUGACCGUGUUCAAGAUGAAGCUCGAGGCUCUGCUAAGUGCUAUCGAUGCCCAUAUCGAGAACGGUGGCGAGUGGCUCUACGAGCAAGAGAGGAGCGACUUGCUCCAGGUUCUCCGCGAUGUGGAAGAGACCCUCGCUGAAGGCUAA